AUGCGGCGAACAUACAACAUCGCUAUGGUUAGCGACUUCUUCUUUCCCCAGCCGGGGGGGAUUGAAAGUCACAUAUACCAGCUCUCAAGCAAGCUCAUCGACAGGGGCCACAAGGUCAUCAUCAUAACCCACGCCUAUGAAGGCCGGACAGGCGUCAGGUAUCUCACAAACGGGAUCAAAGUCUACCACGUCCCCUUCUUGGUCAUAUACCGGGCCGCAACCUUCCCCACGGUCUUCUCAUUCUUCCCCAUCUUUCGCAACAUUGUCCUAAGGGAGCAGAUCGACAUCGUCCACGGCCAUGCUAGUCUGAGUAGCCUGUGCCAUGAGGCCAUCCUCCAUGCCAGGACCAUGGGCCUGCGCACCGUCUUCACCGACCACUCGCUGUUCGGCUUUGCCAACGCAGCGAGCAUCCUGACAAACAAGCUCCUGAAGUUCACCCUGAGCGACGUCGACCAUGUCAUUUGCGUGAGCCAUACCUGCAAGGAGAAUACAGUCCUCCGGGCCUCGCUGGAUCCACUCAUGGUGUCCGCGAUCCCCAACGCCGUGGUGGCUGAGAACUUCCGGCCGCUCCACCACCCGGGCUACAGCAACCAGGCGGACGGGUUCGGGAGCAUCCCGCCCCCGGCGCGGCAGCUCGGCCCGCACGACACCAUCACGAUCGUGGUGAUCUCGCGGCUCUUCUACAACAAGGGCACGGACCUGCUGACGGCAGCCAUCCCGCGGAUCCUGGAGAACCACCCCAACACGCGGUUCAUCAUCGCGGGCUCCGGCCCCAAGUCGAUCGACCUGGAGCAGAUGAUCGAGCAGAACGUGCUCCAGGACCGGGUGGAGAUGCUCGGCCCGAUCCGGCACGAGGAGGUGCGCGACGUCAUGGUGCGCGGCCACAUCUACCUGCACCCGUCGCUGACGGAGGCGUUCGGCACCGUCAUCGUCGAGGCGGCCAGCUGCGGCCUGUACGUGGUGUGCACGCAGGUGGGCGGCAUCCCCGAGGUGCUUCCCUCGCACAUGACGGCCUUCGCCAAGCCCGAGGAGGACGACCUUGUGGCGGCGACGGGGCGCGCCAUCGCCGCGCUGCGGGCCAACAAGGUGCGCACCGAGCUCUUCCACGAGCAGGUGCGCAGCAUGUACUCGUGGACCAACGUCGCCCUGCGCACCGAGCGCGUCUACCACGGCAUCACCGGCGACAUCAGCGAGGGCGAGUUCUACGGCUACGAGGCUGCCGGCGGCCCCAGCAGCAGCUGGAGCGCCACGCGCGGCCGCUCGGGCGUCCAGAGCUUCGCCCUCAUCGACCGCCUCAAGAGGUACUACGGCUGCGGCAUCUGGGCGGGCAAGCUGUUCUGCAUGUGCGUCAUCGUCGACUACCUCCUGUUCCUCUUCCUCGAGCUGUGGUUCCCCCGCGACAAGAUCGACAUCUGCCCCGACUGGCCGAGGAAGAAGGUCGACGAGGCCGCCGAGUCUGUCAAGGAUGGGAUCAGGUGA